AUGGCGUCUGAAUUCAUAGGGUAUAAUGUUCUCGUGACCCUUCGGGCGCCGCCUGAUGCGACCAUCCAAGGAGAGGUUGCCAACGUCAUCGGUCAGCGCUUGAUGCUGCGAAACGUGACUCUGUCGUGGAGCCACCAGCAAUUACCCACCUAUUCCGUCGACGCCCCUGAUAUCGCGGACUUGUCUCUAGGUCCUUCUGCACACCAAGUGCCUCAACACCGUGAUGUGGUACAGGCAGUCCCUCCUGCUCCACAACCGCAGACCUUCCAAGAUCCCGCCAUCCUCAGCUUCUCGAAGCCUCCACAGCAGGUCACUCAACCAGCGGAGUAUCAGCGGUCUGACGGAUAUGUCCCACGACAAGCGCCAUUAACCGAAUCAUUCAGCAAACUGGAGCUGAGCGGGGAUAACCAUAUCGGAUCUUCAGGUAUACCUCAGGAAAAGGAAGCUCCUGAGGCUGUAACUGUGCCCACAGAAAGCUUCGUGCCGGGACAGGCUGCCCAACCUGCAAAGCAUGGCCGUCGAGUUGCUCAGAAGAAUGAGAAUUCGGCACCCCUAAACAAGCAUGAUGGAGCUACCAAUACAAACCCCAAGACUCGAGGUUGGCGCCAGACUGCGUUUGUAGAGCCAUCCUUCCCGCAACCCAAAUCGAACAAAGACAAGGACGCAGGCCUCAAUGGGCGACGUCGGAAGAAGAAGACCCGAGGCAAUUAUUCCGAGGACCCUAAUGGGUGGGCGACAGAAGAUGCCACAGACAUCCAGGAGAUGGGUGAUUUCGACUUCCAGAGUAAUCUCUCGAAAUUUGACAAGAGGCGGGUUUUCGAAGAGAUCCGCAAUGACGACACUACAGCUGACGAAGCUCGUCUGGUCAGCUUCAACCGGAGAGUCCCUAAGCCUGGAACUAAUGGCGGAAAGAACCUACACUGGUCAGAGAAUGUUCUUGACAGCCCGGAGAGUGAAGACGCUCUAUCGGAACAAGAGCCCAGUGAUGCGAAAAUGAGCGGCUCCAACUAUUCUGGGCGCGAACUAUCAAGGGGAUCAGCACGAAGCCAAACUGCGCGAAAAGGAAGCGCCAUCCUCGGGCAACCAUUAGUCUUGCCCCAGGUCAAUUCCAUUGGACGCAGCCAGUUAAGCACCUCGCGGACUACAAGCCCUCGGCCGAGUAAGAAUUCGGUGACGGCGUCACCCAUUACCGGACCUGGUGUUCCUGGGGCUUCACUGCGCCUCACCACCACCAAUAGGAGCUGUCCGACCGUGAGCCCAUUGCAGACCCUCGAAGUCGAGCAGAUUGCAGUUGCGGAGCUUGGUUUGACCGAGGACAUGAUCACGGAGAACGCUGGAAGAGGCAUUGCCGAAGCCGCAGUUGGUCUCUUGUCCAGCGAUGCUGCGGCCCCGACAAUGUUAGUGCUUACCGGUAACCAUCGCACCGGGGCCCGAGCUAUUGCUGCAGCCCGACAUCUUCGUAACCGAGGUCAUCGUGUGACAGUUUGUAUGCUGGGCAUUGAACAUGAGAAUGAACUGCUGGAGAACUGCCGCAAGCAGCUGGAGGUGUUCAAGAAGAUCGGUGGGCGCGUGCAUCGAUGGGAGGACCUUGCUGUGCGACUCUCGGCGUCAGACUUCAAUCCUGACCUGGUGGUGGAUGCACUGUUCGGUAUCCAUUUGGCUUUCGAUGAUCUCCGCACCGAUGAUCAAGCCACAGCUUUCGAGAUGAUUUCCUGGGCCAACCGAAGCAACCUGGGCGUCCUAUCAGUAGAUGUUCCUUCCGGUUUGUCUGCUUCCAAUGGUGAGGAAACCAUGGUCGAUGGUGGUCGACUUUGUGUCGACUCGACCUCAGUAGUAUGCCUUGGUGCACCCAAGACUGGGAUACUACAUGCUUUGCUUGCCCAGGAAGGCCCAUCCUGGAAGCUUUCAGUGGCAGAUAUCGGCAUACCUCAAAUCGUUUGGCGGAAAUACGGCACCCGACGACGACAUGGAAUUGACUUUGGUAAUCGCUGGGUUGUUCCUCUGCGCUACCAGCCGUCAUCUGCGUGA